CACGCGCGCGCACACACACGUGAAUCAGGGUCUCCUCGCUCUCAGUCACUGACGGAAGCUCGCCUGUAGAUAUGUUUUGUCGAUUUUAACGCUUUUUCCUGAAAAAACGUCUUAAAUUUUUUGUCUCUUUAAGUUCACAAGUUGAGGAAUCUCAGAGACAGACUCGCGGACGCACGAGACACUUCACGCGCGAGGAGCAACAGGAGGUUUCUACUAAUUCUUGACUUUUCCCCACAAACUGCGGCUCUCCUUUGAGAUUUUCCUCCGGAAAACGAGCAAAUCUUAUCCCAGGACCGAGCGGACGGAUAUUUUGACCCGGGAUAGACCCUGUCUGACCUGGGAGAGGCUCGUCUGUAUACACGUGUUUCCUCCCUCCCAACAUGUGCUCAUCAGGGGAGAGCAUGCGGUUGCUCUGCAGCCUGGUUCUGGUCCUGGUUCCUCUUUCUGCAGGAUACAGUCUGGAUGUGGAGCACAGUUUAGAGUUCAGCGGCCCCUCCUCUUCCUGGUUUGGGUACUCUGUGCUGCUGCAUCGCCACGGAAGACAAACCUGGCUGGUGGCAGGAGCUCCGGUGGCAAACGGGUCUUCCAGUCUGCCAGUUCGAUCCCCAGGAGGUGUUUACCGCUGCAACAUCACACCUGAGCCUCGGACUUGCAAACGCAUGCAUACUGAAGUGUCUAGCUGUGGGAAGACCUGUGAGGGGGAAAGUGAUCACCAGUGGCUUGGAGUCAGUCUGUCUAGACAACCUGGAGAAGAAGGCGGACAUGUGCUGGCGUGUGCUCACCGAUGGAAGAACAUCUUCUACUCAACUAAAGAUUUUCAAAGCAAUAAACUGCCCAAUGGAGUUUGUUUUUCCUUCAGCAGUGACUUAGAAACAUCCCGGCACUACAUCCCAUGCUACACAGACCAUCAAAGGAAGUUUGGUGAGAAUUAUGCAUCGUGUCAGGCGGGUAUUUCCAGUUCCAUGACUGAGGAUCUGGUCAUCAUGGGGGCACCGGGAACGUCUUAUUGGACAGGUUCUGUUAUUGUCUACAACACAUCCAGUCGACAGAUUUCAGCCUAUGGGAAUGAUGAGACUGGAGCUGUCAACUUUGGGAGCUACCUGGGUUACUCUGUUGGAGCUGGUCACUUUCUCAGUCCUUCAUCUGAGGAGGUGGUGGGCGGAGCUCCACAAUACAACCAGAAAGGCAAGGUCUUCAUAUUUACAAUAGACAACAGCAGGCUGCGUAUUGUGUUUGAAUUACCUGGUAAAGAGUUUGGAUCUUAUUUUGGCUCCAGUGUCAGCGUGGUGGAUCUCAACGCUGAUGGGCUUUCAGAUCUUUUGGUUGGGGCUCCUAUGGCAACAAGCAACACCAGAGAGGAGGGAAAAGUACAUGUGUACAUCAACGAGGGACAGGCAAAGCUGGUGGAGGCAGAGUUCCAGCUGACUGGCAGCAGUUCUUACGCUGCCCGAUUUGGACAGUCCAUUGCCAACCUGGGAGACUUAGAUGAUGACGGCUACCCAGAUGUGGCGGUUGGUGCCCCACAGGAAGACGACCUCAGAGGAGCAGUCUACAUUUACAAUGGCAGGAAGGAGGGCAUUUCAGCGGCGCCAUCGCAGAGGAUCACUGGAUCCUCUCUUGGGCGUGACUUGAUGAUGUUUGGACAGUCACUGAGCUCUGGCAUUGACGUUGACAACAACAAGUACAAAGAUGUGGCGGUCGGUGCCUUUCUCUCAGAUUCUGCUGUAAUUCUCAGGGCCCGCCCUGUUAUCCAGGUGAAGGCAUCUUUAACUCUGCCUGACCAGAUUGACCAACAGGUGGCGCUGUGCCGCGACCGUGGCACUCCGACUGUCUGCUUCAAUGUCACCAUCUGCUUCAAUGCUACAUCUAAACACUUCAAAGGAUCCAUAGAUCUGCAGUAUAACUUGACCUCUGACCUUAUCCACAAAUCCUCCUUUCCUCAUCGCUUCUAUUUCCACGGUAACGGCUCAUUAAAUAGCACAAAGGGAGACGUGAAAACACGACACGGCCGUCUGACGUGUACGACGCACAUCGCAUAUCAAAGGAGAGAUGUGAAGGACAUUUAUACUCCAGUUCAGUUUGAAGUUUCCUAUGGUCUCAGAGAAACGACUCAAAAACAUGUCGUCAAAACUUUUCCUCCAUUGAAACCCAUUUUGCAGCAAAGUGCAGGACAACGCCACACCAUCACCAACCAGACUCGGUUUGCCCGUUCCUGCUCUCUGGGGAACUGUUCAACAAACAUGCAGCUGUCGAGUCAUUUAGUGCUACCUGAUCAGCAGGAUUUUGUUGCUCUGGGCUCUGCACAAACAAUCAUCCUGAAAACGUCUCUGCUGAAUUCUGGAGACGACGCUUUCCUGCCUCGACUGACACUGCGAUUCCCCGACAACAUCCACUACGUCAAAGUGCUGCAGAAUCAAGACAACCUGAUCAGUUGUGAUGUGAUGAAGGAAGACAACUCUACAGACGUGAGCCUUACCUGUACGGUUUCCAGCCUUGUUCUGCCUGCCGGCUCUCAGAUGAAUAUCAGUUUUCUGUUUGAUGUGAAUCACAACAGCACGCCUGGGGACGUCCUCAUUCAAAUGAACACCAGCAGUGACAAUUAUGAGAUGGAGAAGUAUCUCCAUGACAACGCCAUGAGCCUCAGCUUUCCUCUCAAAUAUGGAGUCAAUGUCAACAUCCACGGUUUUGUAUCUCCAACUUCCUUUUUAUUUGGGGAUGAAGACACAAUUCCAGCUGAGUGCUACUCUGAAAAACUCAACUACACAUUCAAGGUGUUAAAUUCUGGUCCCAGCAGAUCAGUGGACACCGUGGUUGACAUCAGACUGCCAAAGAUCCUUUCACCUCAUCGACACAAACUGCAGAAGGUGAUCAGCUUGAAGUCGUCACAUGGUAAGUGUUCGAUCAGCGGCAAAACCAUUUCGGUCUUCGAGGACUGCGACGUCCCUCAUGCUUCUUUCAUCCAGAAGCUCAUCUCCUUCUUCUCGCCUACCUCCACGCGCACAUUGUUCUGUGGCCGUGGAGAUGAACUGUGUGAACACUUGAUAUGUCGCCUCGGUAACCUAGAUGUGGGGCGAGAUGCUACCAUCCUGCUGGAGGUCAACCUGAACCCUGCUGUGCUGCUCCAAGAACCGGGCCGUCACGGCAUCAUGGCGUUGGAGAGCACUGCGCUGAUGUCCUUUCCAAGAGAAGAUCAUCACACUGUCCUCAUGCGGGGUCUCCCUUUCACUCAGGUGUCGGUGGAAGCCGUCUUUACCCAGAAGCUCACCACAGCGGUUCAAAUCUUCAUCAUCGCUGUCAGUUUAGUUUUAGGACUCACAAUCCUCGCUGCUCUCAUCUGGUGUCUGUGGAAGGCUGGUUUCUUUAAGAGGAACUUCCAGAAGAAGGAGGAAGAGGAGUUCAACAGAGACAGCUGGGAUUAUGUUCCUAAACUUAACAAAAGGGGAAGCACCACCUAAUACCCUUGAGCACACGGGCAGCUCUCUGUGUGACGGUGCUACAGCUUUAAGCAGACGUUCAGCCACAGGGACUGAGGCUCAGCGCUCCACAGGCCAACGUCUUCCUAAACGGACGCCGCUGACCGUGUUCUGGACACACCUCUUUUGGGAAACCUGGACAGAAGACAUUUCUGUUUGAUUCCAUUUGACUCUAAGGAGGGAGAAACCACCAAAGCAAAGCGACUUUCUGCUUUUCUCAGGGAUGCACUUCUAGAUUCUGAUUGGCUCAACAGUCUGCACAUUAUUUUCUUUCCUUGUAUCAUACCUGCUCAUCACGCGGUCAGGAAAGGGAACUACGGCUUGUUCUCCUGCCGCGUCUAAGUUAAUCGUUAUUUAUGAAUGUUAUGGCUCCACCUGAUUGACGAGGUGAAGGAAAUACGUCUGUUCACUUGUAGCAAAGCAUGCUGGGAGAGCCACACAGGUCAACCAUCCUGAAGAAGAAAUAGAUGUUUCCUGAUACUUGAUGUUAAAAAAAGAAGAAGAUGAUUAUAGAACAGCUUCAAAUGAAACUCAAUCUUUAGACCAAUCGUGUCUUUUAUUUUAUUUCUGUGCUGCUUUACAACAGAAGUGUGAAAAUGCUCCCAAAGAAUAGGAAGGAGGACCCACAAGGAAUCAGGACA